GUCCAGAUAUCACGUUACGCUCCAUGAAUACAAUGAACACUCAGCUGUUAUUUAGAAUCGAUAUCAUAGGGUCGGUUUGUCCCAUUUUAUUGGAUUAGAAAAUAACACUUCGGGAGAUUGUAUUGAGAAAAUGAUCGAAUAGAUGUUUAUCCUGGGCGUUUACAAUCGUUUUUGCUGGGUGUCAGAGAUGGGGGUGCACUAUGCCAACAAGACGUUCUCUCAGGAUUGCUAUUCUCGCUGUGGGACCCAUCUUGUUGCUUUUUGACGUUUUUGUUUUGAAUAAUUUGAAGCAUCGAGUGACGGACACAAGAGAUAGUUCAACUGAGAACGAAGAACAGCUUUCCAAGACAAUUUCUUUAAGGACAGCCGACAUACACCCCAUCAUAAUACUGUCUACGUUCCGAUCUGGAUCUUCGUUGACCGGAGAUAUACUCCAACAGGACAGGGAUUCCUUCUAUCUGUACGAGCCGCUCAAUCCCCUGAACUACCUUAUGUACCAAAACAUCUCCAAUUUACACCUGGUGAAUGGAUCAGUCCAACCCAUUGGGAUACAGGACUUCAACAAAGUUUCUACUAAAAUCCUCUUGUCUUUGAUCACAUGUGAUUUUACCAGCCUCGAUGUCCACAUCGUUAGUCACGGAUUUCUCUACUACAGUAACAAAAGUGUUCCUUACAUUACAUGUGUUGAUAGAAACAAACGCAGGGCAUCUUUGUUGUUUUCUAUCAGAAAAUGUCUACCUAUUCUGAUGGAGGCUUGUGAAAAAUCCUCUCACAGAAUUUUCAAAAUUGUUCGUUUAUCUAUGGAUUGGAUGGAAAUGCUGCUAGAGAAAUUUCCCAAAUUAGUAGUUGUUCACCUAAUUAGAGAUCCGCGCCCAAUUCAGGUCUCAAGAGAUAAACUUGGAGCUAACAUCUUUAAAGAUCUUCGGAAAAGUUUCCAAGAGCUUUGUAACCUUUUGUCUUGGAAUUUAUUUUUUGAAACCAAAAUGAACAAUACGUACAAAAGGAUCGUCAGACUUUAUUAUGAAGACCUAGCAAUUUAUCCUUUUAGAACAUCAAAGUGGUUGUACAAAAUAUUGGGACUACACUACACGUCAGAUGUACAAGCCCAUGUACACCAUUUAACAAGAGCAGGAAUCCAGAGUGACUGCCCUACUUGCGCAGUAAGAGCAAACUCUUCUGCGCAUGCUUACUCUUGGAAGGGAUUUUUUAAUGCAAGUCAAUUAAACGAUAUCCAGGAUGUAUGUGGAAAUUACAUGAAGGCGGUUGGGUACAUUAAUUCAUAAAAUUCAUAAAAAAUAUUUUUAAAAAAAUACUCAUGUGUACAUGUAUAUACAUGUACGUUCAUGUACAUAACUUUACUUGCCUUUAGGAUAUGAAAAAGAAAAACGAAAUUUAAUGCUUUAGAUUUUGAAGAAAAUUGCAUAUUCUUUGACUGUAAUUAAGUACGGGAAUAAAUGUUGCAGCUGUUGCAGAAAAAUGCAAAACCAAAGAGAAAGUCAUUUCAUUGUUUAGAUUUAAUUAUUUAAAGUAGGAUUUAGUAGUUAAUAAAAUAAAGCAUUAUUGAUAUUGAACGCCAUUUUACAUUUCAUUGAUGGGGCAGCCACUGCUCAGGAAAUUUGAAGAAAGCGAUGUGCCUAGCUGUGAUUAUUGACUGAUAAACAACGAUUUUUUUUUCAUAGGAAAUAAAGAAAGAUCUCGUUUAAAGUCAUCA